CAUGUCUUAAAUUGGAUGCAAUUACUCUAUAACUCUUGCAUGUCUUAAUUGAGUUUUCCACUACUACUUUUGAUUAAUAGCUACCAUGGAUGAUAAUAAUGGAGAAGCAAAGAGAAUGGAAGAAGGUUUGAAUGGCUCUAUUGUUAUUGAUCAUGAUGAAAAGGACAAAACGGUCAUUUCUCAUGAGAAAGAUCAAGGAACAAUGAAACAGAAAACAAAGAGAAUCGCAACACUUGAUGCAUUUAGAGGUUUCACUAUCGUGGUGAUGAUAUUGGUUGAUGAUGCUGGUGGGGCUUAUCCAGAAAUUGAUCACUCUCCUUGGAAUGGAUGCACAUUGGCUGAUUUUGUUAUGCCUUUCUUUCUUUUCAUUGUUGGAGUUGCCAUAGCUCUUGCAUUCAAGAGAGUCCCUAAGGUUAAAUAUGCUGUGAAGAAGAUAUUCAUUAGAACAUUGAAACUUCUCUUCUGGGGUAUACUUUUGCAAGGUGGAUACUCUCAUGCCCCUGAUGACCUUUCAUAUGGGGUUGACAUGAAAUUUAUUAGAUGGUGUGGCAUUCUUCAGAGAAUAGGUCUUGUAUACUGUGUUGUUGCUCUAAUAGAGACAUUUACCUCCAAGAUUAGACCAACCACCCUAAAUCCUGGACAUCUAUCCAUUUUUACUGCCUAUAGAUGGCAAUGGUUUGGAGGAUUUGUUGCAUUUGUGAUUUACAUGGUCACAACAUUCAGCCUCUAUGUUCCAAAUUGGAGUUUUGUGGACUAUAAUGAGGAAAAGCCAAAGAGAUAUACAGUAAGUUUAUGCACCUCUUGA